AGCCAACUGAUCAUUUUAUUCAUUACUUAGCCUACAUAUUGAUCUCAAACAAACAAAAAAAUGGAGAGCAACAACGUGGUUCUGCUAGAUUUCUGGCCAAGUUCUUUUGGUAUGAGGAUAAGAAUUGCAUUGGCCUUAAAGGGAAUCAAAUAUGAAGCAAAGGAGGAAAACUUAUCUGAUAAAAGCCCUUUGCUUCUGGAGAUGAACCCUGUUCACAAAAAGAUCCCUAUUUUGAUUCACAAUAGUAAAGCCAUUUGUGAGUCUCUAAACAUUCUUGAGUACAUUGAUGAAGUCUGGCAUGACAAUUGUCCAUUACUUCCUUCUGAUCCUUAUGGAAGGUCACAAGCCAGAUUCUGGGCCGACUAUAUUGACAAGAAGAUAUAUAGCACAGGAAGAAGAGUGUGGAGCGGUAAAGGUCAAGAUCAAGAAGAAGCAAAGAAGGAAUUCAUAGAAAUCUUCAAGACUUUGGAAGGAGAGCUUGGAAAUAAAACUUACUUUGGUGGUGAUAAUUUGGGUUUUGUGGAUGUGGCUUUGGUUCCCUUUACUAGUUGGUUUUAUUCUUAUGAGACUUGUGCAAAUUUUAGUAUAGAAGCAGAGUGUCCAAAGCUGGUGGUAUGGGCAAAAAGAUGUAUGGAGAACGAGAGUGUAUCAAAGUCCCUUCCUCAUCCUCACAAGAUCUAUGAUUUUGUCUUGGAACUCAAGCACAAGCUUGGUCUUGCUUGAACAACAAACACUUCUUACUUACUGCAGAAAGCAAUCAUGUCCUUCGAAUAAAAUCACUCUCUAGUUGUUCAAGUAUCAAUUUAUCAAUAUUGUUGCUACUCUGUCUGUAACUUUGUGUAAUUCAGUCUUUAAAAUUUUACUUGUUGCUACUCUAUAUAUAAGGUUUAUGUUUGGCGUA